AUGAUGGGCAGCUGCGAGAUGUCUAGACACCGAACCGAUGACAUAUUGACAGAUCAUGCCCAGAAUUCCGCAGAUCUUUUCAACGAUAUUCAAUGCUCUUUCUUGUCGCCAGGCUUGGGGGAGAACAGGUGGGUCGCGCGGGAGUGCCAUGCGCCGGCCGGGGUCCAUCCCUUGGCGCCCGGUGAGGAGCUUCCUGGAGCAUCGAUGCUCUUGAGGCGACGGCUGGUGGACGCUGUUGCCAAACCCAGCCCCUUCGUGAAGGCGAUGCAACCGCCGGGAAGCAUCCCGCUGCAGCUGGCCACAGGGAGCCUCGCCGACGGGCCUCCAGAGUCCUUGACCGCUGCCUUGAGAGGGACGUCUCUGCUUCGUCACACCCUUUCCCUGCGUACGAAACUGCUGGAAGCAGUCGGGCCAGAGUUGCAACAAGCAGAUGACCGCCAGCACUUGUGGGAGCUGUCUGUUUGGGCCCAGUCUGUGAUCAUGUCUCGCGCCUUCAAAAUUCCUAAAGGAAGCGAUCGGUUGGUGCUCAUUCCCAUUGUGGACAUCGCUAACCAUGCGGCUACCCACAAGGUCGCCAACGCGGAUGUUCGGAACAACGCGGAUGGAAGUGUCUCCAUGGUCGCGGUUCGGGACAUUGCCCAAGGGGAGGAGGUUCGAAUCUGCUACGGGGAGUACACCAACGAGCAGCUCUUGUUUUGUUACGGCUUCGUCAUUCCGGACAACCCCUGUCAGGGGCUGGUCUGCCCCUUGCAGUUCCCGGACAGCCCAAAGAGAUCCGAGCUUCUACACCACUGCCUGGCCCACCGCAGGCAGCUUGUGCCACACACUCUUCCUGCCAAAGCUGGGCCCCUGCUGUACGGUGCACCCGGCACGGUGCCUUGCGAGCUGCUCCUGGCGCUAAAGGUCACGAACAUCACCGAGACCCAGGCAGCAGAGUUGCUGGAGGCGAAAACCUGGAAGCCCGCUUGGCAACGCGAGCUCCCCGGUCGCGACCCGGCUGCCGUGGAAGUGGAGAACUUCGAGCCUUGCAGGCAGCUGCAGGACGACCUGCUUUCAAACCGUGAGGAAGCCGCGGCCAGCACCACAGGACAAGGCAGGCAAUGGAAGGGCAUGAGGUUAGAGUCGGAGAGAGGAGGAAGCAAGAAGUCUGAUCGGCGAGGCGAUGGGGAAGACCGCUUCACUGCUGCCGCUGCCACUGUACCUGAGGUGGAAAGUGCAAAGCCUCGUCUCUCGCGUCAUCUCUUGAACUCCGCUGCCGGGAAGACCAGACCCACUGCCUCCGUCUCUGCUGCUGGCCGCUGA